GUAAAGCUAAAUCACGCAACCAAAAUCUAUUACCAUAGAAUAAAGAUUUUCAAAAAAGAAACGUAGCCAUUUUCUUUAUUACUCUCCCUUUUGGAAUAAACAUGCAAUCAGAUAUUUCAAUUGGAUCAUUAAUUAACUCGUUAUUUUUAGUAGUUGAUUAAAGAUUAACUACUGUGGGUAUAGUAAUAUUAAUGACGUUAUUGGCUUAUUUAGAAAUACAUCGCCAUAAUAUAUGUAAUUGGCUGAGAGGUGGCGAAUAGAUCGGUGGCGGCAUCUGCGUCAGUGAGACACUAUUCUCUUCAUUUUCAUGAUACUAUAUCACUGUACGUAGUUCUCGGUACUAUACACACACACACAUACACACACACACAUGCGCGCGCGCGUCAAUCGUUCGGUUAGUGUAGAAGUGAGAGAGAAAGAUUGACUAAUCGAUAGUCCUUUAUUUACCUUAAAGCAAAAAACAUACAGCUAUGUAAUAACAUAAAAUUGUUGGUCAAGGACCUAUCACAGUAUAGAAAGAGAGAGAAAGAGAGGAGAGAGAGGAGAGAGAGCAAGUCAGUGUUCAACAACCACGCCUUUAUUAAUGCAAUCAAUAGACACGCCUCCUUUUGGUUCUCUAUCUAAUUUUCACAUGCAGUGUGCUUUUUGUAUUCAGCGACACGCGCGAGAAUUUAAUGGACGAUCAAAAGCGAAACGCGGCAUCGUGUAAUUAAUCGUGUCUCGCGUUUGAACUGUCAAGAGUGCUGCGAGUGCGAUAGAACCAUAGUGAGAGAGGUGCAACAGAGGAGGUGGUAUGUGUAUAGUAUAAGCAUAGCGGCGGUCGGCGCGUGCGUGAUGUUUUUCGAGCAGCCGGCGACGACGACGCCUAGUGUCGCACAAAGCGACGACGAAGUCUGCACACUCUAAGGACGCCGCCACCGCGAUUGAAAGGACGACAACGACGACAGAAUAAACAACACAGCGAAGCAGCAGCGAUGUCACCAAUGAUGCACCGGCUAUUCUAUCUCAUUGUUGCCGUCGCAGCCGCCACCAUUGUCCGCGCCGACGAUAACAUAGAGGAGGCUGCAUUGGAGAUUGGAGUAUCGCAGGAUGCUAAAGGCGUUGAGGCCGGCAGUACUCCACAUCUUAGUUGUAGGAUAUUAGAACCUGCUAGCCAUGUCUGGUGGAGUGUCGAGGGUAAAAAUCUUACGUCCGUCAAAGAGAAUGAGUUUGUUGAGAGGUUGGAUAUAAAAAAGGCUACCAGGCAAGAUAGUGGCAAUUACACUUGCAAUGCCAUCAUUUCUAAUGUACACGUAAAAAAAAUUGUGCAUAUAAGAGUUAUAGAACCAGGUGGAGUGAGUUCCAGUGAGAGUGUGAGGAUCAAAGCGUUAGAAGCUGUGAACUUAACAUGUGAUUUCUAUGGAGAGCCUCUAUCUGACUUCAGUUGGUCCAAAACCAAUGAUUCUGAUAACUUUGAACGUCUGAAGAAUAUGACAAAUUGGGUACAGCUCAACGAAACUCAUGUUAAACUGACAUUAUCCUUCAAGAGUAUUACCCGUAAAGACAAUGGUACCUACACUUGUAAGGCUAAUGAUUUUUAUGGUGCGGUGACUGCAGAAAGAUACCUAUUUGUUGUGGAUGUUCCUCUGAUAAGUAUUGACUUUCUGAAGACUGUUGGUGCUGGGAGUAUCUUUCUCAAUUGGACAGUCAAUACUGGCAAUGAGCCCAUCAAGACCUACUUCAUUCAGUAUAUGAAGAAUGGUACUGAUACAUGGCAGUAUGGCAAUGAGUUGAUCAAUGGAGGAAAUUCAAGUUUUUUACUUAGGGGAUUGGAUAAGGGUGCUGCUUAUCAAAUUGGCAUUACUGCUAUGAAUAAGGUGGGCAGGUCACAUACGCAAAUUGAUCCCAGGUGGAUUACUACUUUAGAAAAAGACCCAGUGUUCAUACCAAAAUUAAAUGUGAAUGGCAUGACAUCUAGUACCGUGACAAUAGCUUGGAAUAAACCACCUCCAGAGCUUGCAGAGCAUGUUCAUUAUUACAUUAUUGUUGCAAGCCACAAUAGUCAAAAGAGCGAGGCAGUUGUUCCAGAACCAAACCAGUUGUAUUUGUUUGAAUAUUUAGAACCUGCUACCACUUAUAAAUUCAAGAUUUCAGCUUGCAAUGAGUACACUAAGCAAUGUGGCAACUGGAGUAAGGAAGUUGAAGUUGAAACAUUGGAUGGAGUACCCAGUGCACCUCAAAAUCUGAUAGUAUCAUGUCGUUUCGAUAAUAUCAGUAGGACAAGUCUGAUGUCCAUAAAUUGGGAACCCCCAUUGAAACGCAAUGGUAUUAUUAAUCAAUAUAAAAUUGAAAUAACCGGUAGAGCCACGUACAAAGACGAGAAUGGACGCAUCAAGACUGAGUAUUUACGGCCAUUUAUCGAUCACGUUGACUUUCAAUACAAUACGUUUAGAAAAAAUCAGUUACCUCCCAAUACUAAUUACACUAUCCGCGUAUCGUGUCAAACCCGACAAAGAUUCUACGGCGAGGAAGCCGUAGCAAAUUGUACGAUGCCAGUGACGAUACCUGAACGCGACAACGUGAACGCAAGAUCAUGGCAUAAGAUUGAGACACAAGGCCGACAAUUGUAUAAGCUUUACAUGCCGCGUAUAUCGGAGAGAAAUGGGCCAAUUUGCUGCUGGCGAAUAUUUGUGAUAAAGCUCGCGCCGCAGAAGGCUCUUGCUGAUCUGCCGCCUCCCGAAGAAGUUCCUGUAUUUUCCUAUAAUUAUGUCUAUACCUCACCGCUCGGUGGAGCUUAUCUUGCGGAAAUGUUUGACAGUAAGAACGUACCCUCGGAAGUAUUCAUCGGCGAUGGUGAAACUCACAAUGGUAGUCUUGCCUGCCAACAGUGCAUCGGUCUUACGCAGAAGCCUAUACCCCUAGUACUACAUUUCAUUCCAGAGAAUGCAGUAACAGUUGACGCAAACGCAAGUGUUAGUACGCAACUACCAGAAACGACUACGCAUCUGAAAGCAGCAAACCUGACGAGGCUUGAUAAUUUAACGACAGUUGUUACUACGGUAAUUCCCGGGGCAAAUCAAACUGAAAAGAUUGCUCGGAAUAAAAGAGAGAACGUAGCACCCGAGUAUGAAAGCUUAUAUCUCACACCUUACGAUGGCCUGUUAGAUGACAAAGCUAAUUAUACAGCAUUUAUAGAAAUUAUUGUUUACGGAGCUACCAAAGGACAAGUGAUGCCAGUUUAUAGCAGUUACUUGCCACCUUUGUUCGGAGGUGUUGAUCCGAAGCCAGUGAUAGCCGAAGACGUUACCACGCUGGGUGUUAUUUUACAAUUAUCCGUCGUACUCAUACUCAUAAUCAUUAUAUUACUUAUUACUUUGUGCGUGCUCCAUCGAUACUCCAAACGUGCUCAGCAACGAGGAGAGGAGAUUAUAACUCUUAGGAAUAGUUUUCGGCAUCUCUGUCAAAGCCUACGCGGCAGACAUCAGCUAGUGGCGGCGACACCACCAGAUAUGCCACCGAUCCCGAAAAAUGACCUAUUACAAGCCUACUUAGAACGACACCGUGAUUCCGACUAUGGUUUCCAGCAUGAAUUUGAAUUACUGCCCGAUCGUUUCACUGACCGCACAACACGCGCGUCUGAGAUGAGAGAGAACGUUUACAAGAAUCGCUAUCCCGACAUCAAGUGCUACGAUCAGACACGCGUACGACUGACGCAAAUGGAUGGAAUUCUUGGCUCUGACUAUAUAAAUGCCAAUUUCGUGCUUGGUUACAAAGAACGAAAGAAGUUUAUCUGCGCCCAAGGUCCGAUGGAAAAUACCGUGUGCGACUAUUGGCGAAUGAUCUGGGAGCAGCACUUGGAGUUGGUACUGAUGUUAACCAAUUUAGAAGAGUACUCGAAAACUAAAUGCGCUAAAUACUGGCCGGACAAGAGCGAAACUAAAAACUUUGGUGAUAUAACCGUGGAGCACGUGGGUGAACAUCAGUAUUCGGACUACGUGGUUCGCGAAUUGAAGAUGACCCGCACCGGUGAAAGAGACUCGCGUAAGAUUGUACAGUACCACUUCCUCGUUUGGAAGGACUUUAUGGCACCAGAGCAUCCCCAUGCUAUACUCAGGUUUGUCAAGCGUGUCAACGAGGCUUACUCGCUUGAGAAAGGUCCUAUACUGGUACACUGCAGUGCUGGAGUCGGCAGGACUGGUACACUUGUGGCACUGGAUUCGUUGAUGCAACAGUUGCAGGAGGAAGGACAAGUGUCAAUUUUUAACACAGUUUGCGACUUGAGACAUCAGAGAAAUUUCCUCGUUCAAUCCCUCAAACAGUACAUCUUCAUUUAUCGAGCUCUCAUGGAGAUGAGUCAAUAUGGUGACACAGAAAUACCGGCGCCACAACUCAAAGCUGCUGUCGAGAAACUCAGGCAGAGGGAGAACGGCAAGGAGAAGUGUCGUAUGGAGGAGGAGUUUGAUAAAAUAACUGCAGUAUUAGAAGAUAGAAAAUCAUUUUCGGUGGGUUGUGGUGAAGAGAACAAGAAUAAAAAUCGAAGUGAGCAGAUGAUACCUUAUGACAGAAAUCGAGUGAUUCUAACUCCGAUUCCAGGAAAGGAGCAUUCUACCUACAUCAACGCAUCAUUUAUCGAAGGAUACGAUAAUUCAGAAUCAUUUAUAAUAACUCAGGAUCCUCUUGAAUCCACAAUUCCUGAUUUCUGGAGGAUGAUAUCCGAGCAAUGUAUAUCGACGAUCGUUAUGCUAUCAGAUCUUGCUGAAGGACCCCGAAAAUGUCCACGCUACUGGCCAGACGAUGAGACGAAUCACGAUUACAUUCGCGUGCGGUAUAUUCAAAGCGAAAGUUGUCCCUACUUCACACGACGCGAGUUAUGUGUCACUAACACGAAGGUCGACGAGAACGUCGUUGUCACUCAAUAUCAAUAUAACGGUUGGCCAACAGUCGAGGGUGAAGUACCGGAAGUGACUAGAGGUCUUAUUGAGCUCAUCGAUCAAACCCAAACCAACAAUGCUGAGUCAACUGGUCCGCUUGUUGUUCACUGUAAUCAUGGAUCUGAUAGGAGCUCUAUGUUCGUGGCUCUUAGUAUCCUUGUUCAACAGUUGCGUAUAGAGAAGAGAAUUGACAUAUUCACUACUGUCAAGAAGCUCAGAUCGCAGAGGCAUGGAAUGAUUAGCACUUACCCCCAAUAUGAAUUUUUGCAUAGAGGAAUCGUUAACUACUUAGACUUGCAUAACCUCGGAGAAGAAAAUGAAGCGGAGUCUUAAUACCAAUAAUUGAUUUAGUUAACCUUUCGCGGAGCGCGCGCGAUCACGAGUAGAAUUUGUUCAAGCCUACAAUAAGUAAAUAUUAUAGUGCUCUACUCGUACAUAUUUUAAGAUGAACUUUUGCCAAAUGAUCACACAAAAGAUUCACGAAAAAUCGUCUUUCCAUUCAUAAGAGAAAAAUUAUGUUAAAUUUUAUUCUUGAAUGCGUCGACUAGAUGUAAAACGAAUAGGUUUAGGACUGAGUUUUAUUUUAAGAGUUGUGACUGUUAGAUUUACAGUCAAACUCUUGUAACCAUAAAAUAUAACAAGCAAACAAAAAUCUCGAAAAAAAUUCUUCAAGACUUAUUUAAGAUAAUGAGUAAUUAUUUAUACUCACAAGGAAUCUCUUAAAAGAAAAAAAUGUAUAUUUAUAUUUCUAUAAAAGACUUGUAAUACAAUUGAAAGAAGAAAAGGACAGUUUUAGCAAUAUUUUAACAAAAAACUGAACUACAAUGAUAUUGUUACAGAGCUUGUUUACCAAAGUAUCGAUAAUCGACUCAAGUACUGGACAUCAUAUUGGUAUAUAGUGACAAAGCGCAUCCUUGACAUUUUUUUAUGUUCAGAAUCCAUAGCCGUAUAUCAGCUAAACACGCAUAAUUUGAUGAUUAGGAAAAGGAGUGAAAAAUUGACGCGUCAGAUUUUUACGCUUUAUGGUUGCGUAUAGUUUUUGCUUAGCUAUGCAUCGAGCAUAAAAAAAUGUAAUAAUUUUUAUACCUUAUAUCGCACAUAUAAAUCGAUUCGACCUCAAUCAUUAAGAGAUUAUACUUAGAAAUACUGAAACUUUUUUAUAAAUGUGUAAAAAAAAAGUUUUAUCACUUUUGAUAUAAAGAAAACAAAAAUUGGCAAAUUCAAAGUUUUUACUACAUUUUUUUAUAUUUCGGUUUUUGUCAAGUCUCGCUGUCGGUGUAUUAAGUUCUUUUGUUCGUCAACUUCUAAUAAUUCAUAUUAAGCGACUGAUUUUUCCAUGUCUAUUACUUAUCGGUCAUAUUUUUAAUUUUUUCUAGUCAAAUCAUUUUGCUGAAUUCGAGAUAUACUCUCGACUUUUUAUCUUCGAUUUCAAAUUGCAUCCAAAGAAUACUUAGUGCAUUUUGGAUACGCUUUUGACUCCGAGAAAUCAAAAGCGUAUGAAUAUUGAGUGUCAUGAUUUUAUUCAAAACGACAACGCUGGGACUGUCGAAUUUUGUCACUGUAAAUUUUUCUUACUUUGUAAUUGGAGUUGUACGUAGGAGUUUUUUGUAUAUACAUAUAUGAUCGUAUGUGUAUUAAUUUUAUACGUGGCACACGAGCCAUUGUUAGCGUGAUUUUAUAAGAUUUUUUAACGAUACGUAUACUCCCAUUUUAACGGCUGUCAAGUUUUAUGUAGUUACACGCUCGUUUUAAUAUAAUAUAUAUUAUAUAUAUUUUUUUUUCUCUCUUGCUAAGCUUCAUCCUUAUUGUACGCGCUGAAUAAUGUGACCCCAUUAUUAUAUCUGACUGACGAAGACGGCGGAUCGGAUUUUUAAGCGGCUUCUCGAAACUUUGUAAAUAAAAGAAAAGAAACGAACAUUUAUACAUAAAAAUACACAGCAAAGAAAGAUAACGAGUGCAGAAUUUCAGAAGAGUCUUAGUAAAAAGUAAAGGAAAAUCUAACGCAAGAGAUACUAGAAGCGAUCAACGUUGUCACUUCCUCGGAGCCCCAAUUUUUUAUAACAAUAAAUUUCAUUACAUUAAUUUCAAUGAGUCUUAUUUAUUUAUAUCCAUUCAUUC